AGCCAGCCCACUGCAUUCAGAACACAAAUUAUGAUCCAGACUCACAGUAAGUAUGGAGUCUUUCCUCAAGUCACCAGUGAAACUUGUACUUUUCACAGCAUGGCUCUGGAGUCUAAUGGACACAGGCAGCUUGUCUGAUAGUUGUCAUGUUUGUCACAAAAAUGCAACGUGUACUACUCAAAAUGGAUCCAGCAUUGUCUGCUUAUGUAAGCAUGGAUUCACAGGAGAUGGAAGAAAUUCCUGCGAAGAUGACAACGAAUGUCAGAAUGUGACCAAUAUCUGUGGGGAAAAGGCCGAAUGCACAAACACAGAUGGCAGCUACUACUGUACAUGCGUCCCUGGAUACAUUUCGAGUGGAGCCACACAGUUCCAGCCCAACGAUGGCACUGGAUGCAUUGAUUUCGAUGAAUGCACGUCAGAACAGAUCUGUGGCCCAAACUCACUCUGCCAUAAUACGAAUGGAUCUUUCUAUUGUUCCUGUCAGCGUGAUUACAUCUCAACUUUGGGCAAAAAGCUCUUUUAUCCAGAGAAAGGUGUAAGAUGUGAAGAACAUCCCCAAAAAUAUUGCCAUGACAACAUUGGAUGCAUGACACAGGCUGUCAACAGAACACUUGAAACCAUGAGCAACCUCAAGGAGCCACAAAGCCUAUUGAGAGAAAUUGUCAACAGGACGUCUGGUGAACUUACCUCAGUGGAAGUGAUCGCAUAUGUUGAGGCCUUGAGUCGAUCCACAUCAACACUGGCUGCUGUGGAAAAGGAUUACACUGUCAAACCAUCUGUCGUCAACUCCACUCUUUCUAAAUUAGUCAGUGCAGCAAACAAUCUGUUGGAGAAGGACGAACUGGGAGCUUGGAACAGAAUGAGAGAAGAGCAGCGAGGGCAUACCAUCACCAAGCUGCUACAUGUUGUUGAAGAAAGUGCUCUAUCAUUGGGCAACAACCACAAAUCUCCAACUGAGCUUCAAAUCACGGCAUCUGAAAUGGAACUAAGGCUCUUCACAUUUAAUUCUGCUCAAAAGAAGACUAAGCUUUCUGUUUCAAUGGGAGGGGACCACAUAAACCUAACUCCAAAAUUAAAACCAGAGGAGAAAAGAAGUGUAAGUGUGUCAGUGGUGUUUGUGCGAUAUGACAGCAUCAGUGUCAUCCUGAAGCCGAGCAGCGACCCAGGUGUCACGGAUUACUCACGCUAUGCUGGAACAGGGGAAAUCACUGUCAACUCCCAAGUCAUGGCAGCAGCCAUCAAACCUGCUGACGUUUACCAACUUGACCAUGUCACCUUCACUCUGAGGCACAAUGAGCCCAUAGACACUAAAGUGGACGUGACGAAGUGUGCUUUCUGGGAGUAUGAGGUGGACACUCUGCAGGGUCACUGGUCCACCAAAGGCUGCAAGACGCUCCACAUCAGCAGCAAUGCAACCAACUGUUCCUGCAAUCACCUCACACACUUUGCAAUUCUCAUGUCAUCUGGAAGAGCUAAUCUGGCGGCCCACAAUACCAUCCUGACUCGGAUCACCCAGCUUGGGAUGAUCAUCUCCCUUAUCUGUUUAUCCUUGUGCAUCUUCACCUUCUGGUUCUUCAGUGAGAUCCAGAGCACCAGAACCACCAUACACAAGAACCUGUGCUGCAGCCUCUUCAUGGCAGAGUUCAUCUUCCUCGUGGGGAUAAACAUGACCUCACACAAGCUUUUCUGCUCUGUGAUAGCAGGGAUGCUUCACUACUUCUUUCUUGCAGCCUUUGCCUGGAUGUGCAUUGAGGGCAUUCAUUUGUAUUUAAUAGUAGUUGGCGUCAUCUACAAUAAAGGCUUUCUGCACCGCAACUUUUACAUCUUCGGCUAUGGGAGCCCUGCAGUCGUGGUGGCCAUCUCAGCAACACUCGGCUCAAAGUACUAUGGCACAGAAAGAGUGUGUUGGUUGAGCACAGAAAAUCAUUUUGUUUGGAGCUUCAUUGGUCCUGCAUGUUUGAUCAUUCUGGUUAAUCUCUUGGCCUUUGGGGUAAUUAUCUACAAGGUCUACCGGCACACCUCUGUGAAAAAGCCUGAAAUAAGCCACUAUGAAAAUAUCAGGUCCUGCGCCCGUGGUGCUAUGGCUCUGCUGUUUGUGCUUGGUGCCACCUGGACCUUUGGAGUUCUAUACAUUCUCCAUGAAACUACUCUGACAGCUUAUCUUUUUACGAUAACCAACGCUUUCCAAGGAAUGUUUAUCUUCAUCUUCCUUUGUGUGUUGUCCAGAAAGAUUCAGGAGGAGUACUACAGGCUUUUCAAAAACGUACCCUGCUGUUUUGAAUGGCUAAGAUGAAACCUUUUAGCUAAUUGUGAAUCUGAAUUUCCAUAAUAAUAAUUGACAGUACAUCUAAUAUCUUGUAAUGAUUCUUCUAUAUAUUUUUUGUAAAUGUCAGUGUGAGGAUAUUACAGAUGUCUGAUAAAUGUAGCAUUUGCAUAUUUGAAAACAAUUUUUUUCUGUAUUGAAACACUCAAAUUAAAUAUAUCCAACAUGGGGAGUGGCAACCUAGUGGUUAGGGCAUAUAGCGUGGAAUCCCGAAGUUCUGAUAUUGAGCCCCAUUCCCACAAACUGCCAAUCUGGGUUUCUGAGAAACACCCUUAACCCCACACUGCUCCCUGGGCGCCCCACGAUGGCAGCCCACUGCUCCCCAAGGGGAUGGGUUAAAUGCAAAGGUAAAUUUCUCCAAUGUGAGAUCAGUAAAAGUUCAAUGAAUUAUUAUUUUAGCAUCUUUAUUUUUGUUCACUUCAGUGUCAUUGUUCAGUAAAAGCCUUGCAAGAUUAUCAAUUCCUUCAACAAAAAAACAAUUUCUGUUCUUUUUUUAUUUACUGUAAGAUGUUUUCAGUCAUCACCAUUAUUUUUGGAAAGAUUAGUUUUAUUCUUUGCUAUCAAAACUAUCAAAUUACAGUAAAAAUGUGAACCGAUUUGGCUGCAACACUCUUUUGUUCACUUCAUUCAUUCUCAUGGCGUUUAUUUUAUAGAAGCAAAAAAAAAAAAAAAAUCCUUCAAUACAUAUUGUGCUGAUUUCAUAGGCCAAGACCACCAUCUACUGGACAUGAUGAGAAACUCUUGAGAGAAUCAUAAAGUCUUGCUUUGGAACCACAAAUUCAUUGCCUUUUGUGUUUGUUAUGAUCAUCUGUAUGUU